GCUCUCUGUGUUUUCAGAUGGUGCAGGCUGGGGACACCAACCAGGAUGGAGUGCUGGACUUUGAAGAGUUCACGCAGUAUCUUCGCACCCAUGAAAAACAGCUCAAAAUCAUGUUUAGUAACCUCGACAGAAACAAUGAUGGUCAGAUAGAUGCAGCAGAGAUCCAGCACUCGCUGCACACCAUCGGUGUAGACAUCAGCCUCAAGGAUGCCACCAGGAUUUUGCAAAGGUCUGCUAACAAACUCGUUUAUGUGUUUGUCACUCAGAAUGGACAAAGACGGCACCAUGACCAUUGACUGGAAUGAGUGGCGAGACUACUUCCUGUUUAACCCUCUCACUAACAUGGAGGACGUGGCACGCUACUGGAAGCGUUCACUGAUGUUGGAUAUAGGUGAGCAGCUGACAGUCCCAGAUGAAUUUUCUGAAGAGGAGAAGAAGUCUGGUUAUGUGUGGCGGCAUUUGAUGGCUGGAGUAAUGGCUGGAUCUGUAUCUCGGACUGGGACUGCCCCCUUAGACCGCCUCAAAGUCUUCCGACAGGUUCAUGGUUCCACUGAUUUUAAAGGGAAUGUGCUGAGCAGUUUUCAGUACAUGGUGAAAGAAGGAGGACUGCGGUCGUUGUGGAGGGGCAACGGCAUCAAUGUUCUUAAAAUUGCUCCAGAAACUGCAAUAAAGUUCACAGCUUAUGAACAGAUCAAGAAUGUGAUGUGUGGCAGUAAUGAAAAAGGAAAUCUGAGGGUUCAUGAGAGGUUUGUUGCCGGCUCUUUGGCUGGAGCUACUGCUCAGACAGCCAUCUACCCAAUGGAGAUGCUGAAGACCCGUCUCACACUAAGAAAAACAGGCCAAUACUCAGGGAUGGCUGACUGUGCCAAACAGAUUCUACAGAGAGAAGGUAUCACAGCCUUCUACAAGGGCUACGUACCGAACAUGCUGAGUAUUGUCCCUUAUGCCGGCAUCGACCUGGCUGUCUACGAGACUCUGAAGGUGGCCUGGUUGAACAGGAACAGAGGUUUAGCUGACCCAGGAAUCAUGGUGCUGGUCGGCUGUGGUGCCUUUUCCAGCACCUGUGGACAGCUGGCAAGUUACCCGCUGGCACUGAUCCGCACCCGAAUGCAGGCACAAGCUUCAGGGAAGGGAGAUCCUAAACCCUCGAUGUUGUCUUUGCUUCACAACAUCGUGACCCAGGAGGGCGUGGCCGGACUUUAUCGAGGAAUUUCCCCCAACCUGCUGAAAGUCAUCCCUGCUGUCAGCGUGUCCUACAUUGUCUACGAAUACACGAGGAUAGCCCUGGGAGUGGACAUUGAGGGUAGGAGGGGUGGGAAAGGGAAGGGGUAAAAAAGAUUGGAUGAUUUGGGGUGGCUUUCUACUACAAGCACAUCCAGAUCUGUUGACAGUGCAUGAGGAAAUGGGCCUUGACUGGAUGAAUACACGUUGCUGUGACGUCUUGCGGUUUCAGGAUGAGGAUAAUAGGAUGCAAAAUAAACCAAGGAAAGAAAAGAGAAAAACAACAGAUUGUCAUUAUAUGCAAUCUGUUGCGAAAGGCUCACAUUUGGAGAAUGUCACCUGAACUGGCAGCUGCUGUGAUGAGUUUCAAGUGUGGUGCAUUGCAAUGCAUGCCAGCAGUGUGAAAGCUAAAGCUAAUCAACUUGCCUCCUGCUACUGCAUUUACCUGGACAGAUGAAGACUUGCAUGAACCUGCCUGAGCAACGAACAGGUAAAAGAUGCAAUCAAACUGGGAAGCCAAGUUACAUUCCUACAGCAUUAUUUUUUUCUCCUAGGUGAUAUAUAGAGAAGACUGACAGAAGGACUGCUCCAGUUCCCUGUUCCAUGUGAGGGAAACCUGAAGUUGCUGCGCACUGGUGGAGUUACAUCAGGACUUUGAUUGACAUGUCUUAAACAAAGGUUACAAAUACUAAAGCACAGAAAUAAUUACAAAAUAACAACAUAAAAAUACUGAACUUAACUCUUGAAUGACAACAGUGAUAGUGAAAAAGAGACACUGUCAAUCUUUUCUUUCCUGGAAGGAUUACUGCUGAGUAAAGCCCACCAAAAACUAUAUUUUACAUGAGGCGUAGAGGAUUCAUGAUAAACUCUCAUGCAAAAUGCACAUAUUUUAUAAGUGUUCCUAUGCAGAAUGGUGUAUUUGUGUAUGUUUUGUUAUGUUUUAAACACACUACAGGGUCCAGAGCCGCAUAGUAUUUUUAGAAACUGUAUGUGCACUGUGGUAAAGAGUUACAUCUUUCUGUAUCAUGAAACAAUGAGAUUUAAUGCCAAUGAACAUUUAUGAUGUCUCAGUAUUUAUUAUGGAGGGUGCAAACAAAAGCAUCCCUGAAGCAACUGAAAUGCAGAGGUGAAGAGAUAGCUUUCUGUAUACAUGCCAGCCUUAUGAAACCACUGCGCUAACAAUUAUUUCCUAUGAAAUAAUUAACUGACUUCCACUUUGAUACCCAGUUGCUGUGCAACUGUAGCUUAGACCUUCAUAUUCACAGCUAGUGUUACACUGCUUCUAAUUACACUUCAACAUAGGUUCACUGAGUAGCUCUGGUUGUGCAGUAUAAUUAUUAUGAAAUUGCAACUAUAAUGGCAAAAUAGCUCAGCUCAUAUGCUGUUUGACCUCAUGGUUAUAUGAUCAAUAAGGUUUUUUAGUAAAGCCUUAUUUUACAAGUUAGUAAUUACAAAUGAUUUCGUAAAGUGUCUAUACUCUAAAUAUGUUGUGAUUAAAAAUAACUCAAAUAGGAUAAGUAGUGAGAUAAGUGACUCAGAUAAUGCUUUUCUGCUGCAAGUUCGCGUUCCCCACCUCUAAAUGAUUAAAAACACGUUUCAAUUGUAAUAGUUUUUUUUCUUUUUUUAAUAAAUGCGUAAUGCAAGUAGGCAA